UUCGACGUCGGGUGUACAGAUCAUUCUCGCUUUAUAUCUACGUAUUCUUGUUUUCCGUGCUAAUAAAUCAACCGUUUGUGAUCGUGCGAAUAAAAAUGAGCGAGAAGGAGGAGCGCGGAGAUCAGGAGGAUCAGGAGGAGCAGGCUGGCGGCAAGAAGAUGGAGAUCCUGCUGGAGCUGAACCUCAAGCAGAAGUUGGCCACCCGGCUGGGAACGCUUCUGCUGGCCACGGUGAUCUUCGCCAGCUUUUGUUGGGACAACGCGAUGGCCAGUUUGACCCUGGGCGCUGUGGUGGCGCUCCUACUAAGGAAUCCCACCUUCGUCUUUGGCUUGGUGAUGACCUUCUCAAGGGACUUGAAGGCAGUGCAGCGCUUCAUGGCCCUUAAUCUCUUCCUGCUGAGGAGGGAUCGCAGAGGAUUCACCGUGGCACGAUGCUUCCAGGAUCAGGCCAGAUCCCGUCCCAAGAAAGCCUGCUUUGUGAUGGACGAUCGCCGUCUAAGCUUUUCCGAGGCCUUGGAAUUUAGCCAAAAGAUCGCAGGCUACUUUAAGGAUCGUGGUCUGGAGAGGGGCGACUGUGUGGCCCUGCUGAUGGAAACCCGUCUGGAGUAUCCCUGCAUUUGGUUGGGUCUCUCCCAGCUUGGGGUGAUCACUGCCCUUAUUAACUCUAAUUUAAGAGGAGAGUCUCUUCUGCACUCCAUCAGAGUGGCCAAUGUCAAGGCCCUAAUUGUGGGCAGCGAGUUGCUGGAUGUGUUGAAGUCACUAAGGAAUGAGAAGCCACUUCAGGACUUGCCCAUCUAUCAAUACACAGAUGAUGAGUUAAGGGAGGACCCAGGACAUGAUCUCCUGCCGGGAGCUGUGGAUCUCGGGAGUGCUCUUAAGACCCAGAAGAAACUGGAGUUACCAUCUAAAGCCUCACCCGAAGAAGCUCGCUCGAAGUUGCUCUAUGUCUACACCUCGGGAACUACGGGCUUGCCGAAAGCUGCUGUGAUCACCAACCUGCGGUUCCUCUUCAUGUCCGCAGGAUCCUACUAUAUGCUCAGGAUGUCCAGCGAUGAUGUGGUCUACAAUCCCCUGCCUCUGUAUCAUACAGCUGGCGGAAUUGUGGGAGUGGGCAAUGCCUUACUCAAUGGAUCCACGGUGGUGCUGCGCAAGAAGUUCUCCGCGAGGAACUUCUGGUUGGAUUGUAAUCUGUACAACUGCACGGUGGCUCAAUAUAUUGGGGAGUUGUGCAGAUAUCUCUUGGCCACUCCCUACACACCCGAUCAGCAAAAACACAACCUGCGUUUGAUGUACGGAAAUGGAUUGAGGCCCCAAAUCUGGUCGCAGUUCGUCCGGCGUUUCGGCAUUCCGCAUAUAGGAGAGAUCUAUGGCGCCACCGAGGGGAACUCGAAUCUGAUCAACAUCACCAACCGAGUGGGAUCCAUCGGAUUUGUUCCUGUCUACGGCUCGCGGCUCUAUCCUGUGCAAGUCCUGCGAUGCGAUGAGCUAACAGGUGAGCUGCUCAAGGAUUCACAAGGUCACUGCAUCAGGUGUCAACCUGGACAGGCGGGUCUCCUGGUGGGCAAGGUCGAUGCCCGGAGGGCGGUGAGUGCCUUCCAUGGAUACGCAGACAAAGGAGCCUCGGAGCAGAAGCUCCUGCGAAAUGUCUUCACCACCGGAGACGUCUUCUUCAAUUCGGGUGAUAUGGUGGUGCGCGACAUUCUGGGGUACUUUUACUUCAAGGAUCGCACAGGCGACACCUUCCGCUGGCGGGGCGAGAAUGUGGCCACCCAGGAGGUGGAGGCCAUCAUCACGAACUGCAUUGGACUCGAGGAUUGCGUGGUCUAUGGAGUGCAGAUCCCCUAUGUGGAGGGCAAGGCGGGUAUGGCGGCGAUUGUGGAUCCCGAUCGCAAGGUGGACAUGGAAUACCUAUCCAUAGUGCUGAGGGGCAGCCUGCCGCCCUAUGCCCGCCCCCUGUUCAUCCGACUGCUGGACGAGAUUCCGCGCACUGCCACCUUCAAGAUGAAGAAAAGGGAGCUGGCCCAAGAGGGUUAUGACAUCAAAACGCUUGCUGAUCCCAUAUACUACCUGAAUCGGGAUGGGAUUUACAGACCUCUCAACCAGGAGCAGUACGAGUCCUUGCGUUCGGGAAAGGCGGGACUCUGAGGAUAUAUAGCACCCGAAAUAUUAUUCCAGCCACUCCUCUGUGUAUAUAGCUAUACGUUUGUCUGUCCCAUUGUAUUUUUAAUGCCUAAACAACGACUGAUACCGAAAUACCGAAAUACCAA